AGGGAAGUUUCUUUCUCAGCAGCGUUUCUUUCCUCAGAGGCAGAAAUAAACACCCUUCUGCUACGCAACCUGCAGCAUGAUGUUGGUGCCAGUGGUUUUAUUCUUCGGUCUGCUCUCUCUGAACCCAGCAGCUACUGAAGUGGGUCUCGGUGGUAAAGUGCUUCUGUUCCCGUACGAGACUGAUUUCAGCUACGUUCAGCUCACACCUAAGAAGCCACUGGGCCUUACAGCGUUCACGCUCUGCAUGCGCGUCGCGACGGAGCUCCAGGGCGAGCGUCAGAUCAUUCUGUUCGCCUACCGGACGCCCGACUUCGACGAGCUCAACGUGUGGAGAGAGAAAAACGGCCGCGUGUCCUUCUACCUCAGUGGCGACGGAGCGUUUUUCCACCUGCCGUUAGCUGUAUGCAUGAAACUGAGCACAGAUGAAGAGGGUUUUCACACUGACACAUCUUACCCCACUGAAGAUGGCAGCUGA